AUGCCGCCAAAGAAGGCUGCCAAAGGUUCAGGCUCUAUAGAGGCAGAGAAGCGGAGCAAGCCUGCAGCUAGGCCUACAACAGCGGGGAGGAAGCGCAAAGCAGUGCCUGAAGAAGAGGACGGCGCCGCGAAAAGCACCAAGGCGCGCAAAACACAAGAGAAGGAGCCGUCCAGCAAACAGACCAAACAGACUCAGAUCUCUACCGAGUCAGCAGACAAGCUCGAGAAGCCUAUUCUCAUUAACCGCGCCCCGGUUCUGGAGCUAUGGGGCGCCUGCGUCGCGAGCGUGUUGCAUCCUGAGCUGUCGUGGAACUUGUGCCUGAGCAUCGGCAGCAGUAUAUCCACCAUCACCGCCAUUGCUAAGGGACGAUCGAUUGGCAAGAUCUCGCAGCCCGACCCAGACAAGAAGAAGGACGAGACCGACAAGGGUACAAAGGGAGAGUUCACUCUAGAAGUCAUGGGUUUUCCAAUGACGAUUGAGGGCGAUGCCGUUAUCGUCAAGGGCAAGCCACGGACGACACGAGAAGCCAACCUAAUCCGCAAGUACGGGGAGAAAGACUUCCGUCGCGUGAAGAGCACGAUGUUGGAGGCACUAAAGUCUUGGCAAGGUGACGAGAAGGAACUGGACAGCCAGGCAUUCCACAUGUAUGAGCAGUUUCGUCCGAACGUCGCAAAGGGACAGCAGGGCUGGGGACGGAAGGGGGAGCUGUCGUUGUCGAAGAUAGAAGAUGUAGUCCAAAAAUAA